AUGUUGGAGGGUUUGGUUGCCAACUUACUCAACCGCUUUCUGGGAAUCUACGUCAAGAAUUUCGAUGCCAAGCAGCUAAAUAUCGGCAUCUGGUCUGGCGAUGUCAAACUCCACAACCUGGAGCUCCGGCGCGAAGCUCUUGACCAGCUUCAUCUCCCCCUCAACGUCGUCGAAGGCCAUGUUGGACAGCUCACUCUCUCCAUUCCCUGGUCGAAUCUCCGAGGCAAACCCGUCCGAGUCGACAUCCAGGAUGUGUUCCUCCUCGCGGCCCCUAAGGAGGAUGCAGACUACGACCCCGAAGAGGAAGAGAGGCGGGCGCAUGCCCUCAAGAUGGAUAAGAUCGAGAGCGCGGAGAUGCUAAAGGAACGCAACAUUGAGGGCAUGAGCCAGGAGGAGCAGCGCCGAAACCAGAGUUUCACCCAGAGCUUGGUGACUGCUGUCGUCGACAAUCUCCAGAUCUCCAUCAAGAAUGUCCACUUCCGUUACGAGGAUUCGAUUGCUUCGCCCUCCCAUCCAUUUGCCGUCGGUGUGACUCUGAAGGAACUGAGUGCCGUUAGUACCGAUUCAGAGUGGAACCCUACCUUUAUUCAGUCCAGUUCCGGCACAACCCACAAGUUGGCCAUCUUGGGCGCUCUGGCCGUGUACUGGAACACCGAUGCAGAACUUCUGGGUACGGGACGCGGUUCCGACGUGGGCGCCGAAGCUCAAGGAAUUGAGCAUGCAGAAUUGCUUGAGAAGCUUAGGGCUGGCAUCGAUAAUCAAGACAGCGCUCAGUUCAUGCUCCGUCCUGUCAGUGGGCGUGCGGGCUUGGAGCUGGACAAAUCGGGCAAGCAUGACAGACCAUCCCUCAAGGCGAGGCUUUUGUUCGAUGAGCUGAGCUUUGUCCUCGAUGACAAUCAGUACCGUGAUGCUUUGAUGCUUGUGGAUCUGUUCCAUUACUUCAUUCGCCAUCAAGAAUACAAGAAGCUUCAGCCCAAAUGUCGACCCAAGGAGGACCCCAGGGCAUGGUUGAGAUUCGCCGGAGAGGCCGUGCUCAGCAAAAUCCAUGAUCGCAACAGGCGCUGGACCUGGGAAUACCAGAAAGAGCGAAGAGAUGAUCGCGUAACGUAUAUAGAUCUGUUCAAGAAACAGAAGCGGGAAGGAACACUCACCGGACCAGAUGCGGAGAAAUUUGACCAGCUUCAGAGGAAGUUGAGCUACGAAGAUAUCCGCUUCUGGCGGUCACUGGCACGAAACCAACUGCGGAAGGAGAACAUCGGCGUUAAGAAACCGGCGCAACAGCAGACCUGGGGUGAAUGGUUUUGGGGCACAAAGAAAGAACAGUCGGAGGAGACCGCAAUGACUGAAGAACAACGACAGGAGCUGUAUAAUGCAAUCGACUGGGACGAGAAGAAGGCGAUCGCGGAAAGUGUCGAUGUCCCGAGAGAAUGGGUCAAGCUCCAGGUCAAUGCCGGCUUGAAGGCUGGUAGCUUUACACUGAAACGGGAUCCUCACGGGAGGGCAGAUGAAGUCAUGAGACUGGUGUUUGACAACUUCCGAGCUAAAGCUCUGCAAAGGCCUGACUCGUUCUUCAUUGAUGUCAACCUUGGUGGAUUGAGAGUGUACGACGGCACGACCCCAGGAAGCCUCUUUCCGCAGAUCGUCAAGGUCAAAGACUCUCUCCCCGAACCCAAACACCGCCUGUCCCAAGCGUCGGGUGAUGAAGAAUUAGACUCCGAAGCAGAUGAUGACAUUUCUGCAUAUCAAGACAGCUUGUUCCAUUUGCAGCUUGAGCAGAACCCUCUCGAAAGCGACGCAGACUCAGUUGUCAAGGUCAAGAUGAAGAGUAUCGAAGUCAUCUACAAUCCUACAUUCGUCGUUGAGAUUGCCAGAUUCUUUGAGCCACCGGAGCGACAUAUGGAGUCUAUUGGGGCUCUUCUGGACACUGCGGGUGCUACCGUUGAAGGCAUCCGGCAGCAAACGCGAGCAGGUCUGGAAUAUGCCCUGGAAGAGCACAAGAAGGUAGAUGCACAGUUCGACAUCCACGCGCCCCUGAUCAUCGUUCCUGAGAGUAUCACAAAAGAAAGCUCUCUUUGUCUGAUUCUGGACGCUGGUCACAUUAGUGUCAACAGCGAAUUGGUUGACAGACAGACUAUGAAAGACCUUCAAUCAAAACAGAAGCGACAAUAUGAGGAGGGCGAUUACAAGGAACUCGAGCAUCUACUCUAUGACCGGUUCCUACUGAAACUCGACUCAACCCAAGUCCUUAUUGGUCCCGGCAUUGAGAUCACAAAGUCACAACUUAGCUCUGAUGUCGAGUCGCGCAAUCUGCAUAUCAUUGACCGCAUUAGUGUUGAUUUCGUUCUGGAGAUGUGCAUUGUUCCCAAGGUCACUGAACUCACGAGGACUCGUAUAUCCGGUCACCUCCCCGAGCUACAUGCUUCCAUGUCUGACAAGAAAUACAAGGGUCUGAUGAAACUCAUUGACAUUGCUAUUCCACGCUUUAAUGAUGGUGGCGACUCAAAGAGGACGGAAGGCCAAGCGAAAGAGGCGCCUGCGACUGCCACCAGAGCUAGAUCGGCUUCUUUCCAGCCAUCUAAUCUCAGAGAGCUGCCUGUUGUUGACGAGACAGAUGACGAGUCGGAUGAUGAAAGCAUGCAGAAGAGCAUUGACAAGCCUAUGAACAUUCAUCGUCGCGAUUUUGAAUUCAAAUUCACGGUGGGUUGUUUGCGAGGCUCAUUGUUCCGCUCCGACCCGAAUGAUCAAUUACGCGACCACCUGCUCGUUGAAUUGGUCGCCGAAGGCUUUGCUUUAGACUUCUACAUGCGACCUUUCGACAUGGUUGCGGAGGUCGUGCUAAAGUCCUUGAGUGUGGAUGACUACAUCGAAGAGAAUCCAGUCCCGGAGUUCAAGAGAAUCAUAUCGUCUAAAGGCUUUGAUGCUGACGAGAACAAAGAUCUCUUCCAUCUCAAGUUUGUCAAAGUCAACCCGGAUUCUCCUGAAUUCCAUUCCACGUACGAAGGUGUCGCAAUGAAUCUUGAUACAUCGGUAUCUACCAUCAAUCUCGUCGUUACUAGGAAGACACUCCUGACACUUUUGGACUUUAUCCUACUCACAUUCACGAGCCCGGACCAAGCAAACAACCAGGUAACUCAGACAGAUGACAGUAAUCAAGAGCUCGCGGCCGCGAAUGAACAAAAUCAACAGACUGGCAAAAUUCGCAUUAAAGCCAACAUGAAGAGUAUCGCCCUCAUCCUCAACAACGAUGGCCUCAGACUUGCUACGCUCAGCCUGAACACUGCCGAUGUCGGUAUUAACCUCGUGAGCGGCUCGAUGCUGAUUCAAUCGCGUAUCGGAAGCCUGACCCUUAUUGACGACGUCAAUACUGGUGCAUCAGAAAGCUCAGAUCUCCGCAGGCUCCUCACCAUUGAGGGUGACAACUUCGCAGACUUCAAGUAUGAGACCUUCGAUCCAGAAAGUGCGGACUAUCCCGGGUAUGACUCGGAAGUUUUCCUGAGGUCAGGGUCAAUGAAGAUCAAUUUUGUAGAAGAGCCCUAUCGCAAAAUCAUCAACUUCCUCGUGAAGUUCGGAAAAAUGCAGGCCAUUUUCAAUGCGGCCCGACAGGCUGCGGCGAACCAGGCCAACCAACUUCAAGAGAACGCUUCCCGGAUGCGAUUUGAUGUUGUGGUAAUGACGCCCAUCCUGGUCUUCCCGAGCUCGAUGACAGAGGGUGGUGUGCAUGAUACAAUCACUGCCCACUUGGGUGAAAUAUACGCCAAAAACACCUUUGUUCCUCUGGACGAAGCCAAGGACAGUUCUGCUGUAAAUCUGAUCUCUUCUGGUGUGCGAAAUAUCCGUUUGACAUCCAAGUUCCAUUAUGGUGAGGAUACUGUAGAGGAGCUUGAGAUGAUCCAGAAAGUGAAUCUUGAUUUCAGUAUUUGCUAUCUUGAGCACCAACAUGAUAACCCGCGUCCAGAUAUUGAGAUCGAAGGGUCUAUGUCACCGAUCAAUCUCCGGAUCUCGCAGAAGCAGUUCAAGUUCUUGUUGGACCUUUCGAAGACGGUCCCGAGUGCCUUCGCUACUGACAGCGAACAACAAGAGCUGGAGGCCUUGGAAGCACUUCCUUCGUCAGUAACAGAGUCCUCUAGAGAGGCCGAGUCCGAACGGAUUGAGCGAAGCCUUUCGCGAGAGCGACUGUCCCAGGAAGACGUUAAACAUGAAACCUGGGUCCGAUUGGAUAUGGUCUUCAAGGUGGACAGUGUCGGAUUAGAGCUUAUUCUGGCCGCCGAUGAUGCGCCAGUCGGCCGCUUGGAGGAUUCUAGCCUAUCCAAGUUCUCACUCAACGACACCAAAGUCAAAUUGCGUAUGCUGACGGAUGGAUCCUUGGAGUCGGAGCUCUUAAUCCACUCUCUCUCUAUCCGGGACAGUCGCAACCAGGACACGAACAAGUUCAGAAAGAUCAUGUCCUUGAUCAAUAACGAUGUUCAGCAGCAGUUCAUGGCCAGCGUCUCAAUGUCACCAGGCCCGAAGAAGCACUUGAUCGCCAUGCUUACCAUCGACAGCCCGCGAAUUAUCCUGGCUUUGGACUACCUGUCUGCUCUGCAGUCGUUCGCAAACUCAGCUUUCGCCUCCGAAGAACCAGUGGUUGAAGAGGAGAGCGAUGAUAUUCCUGAGGAAUCAGAGCCCAGAACCAGCACCGCCGAAAGUGACGACGCAUCUGUUAAUGCCUUGUCAACUGAAGAUGCGCCACCUGCUGCUUCUGCAGAACAGAUGACCGUCUCUUUCAGGGUGAACCUCGUUGAUGCGCAGGUGAUCACGAUUGCGAAUCCCGCUAUCGCACACACCGAAGCUAUUGUCCUGGGAACUAAACAGCUACUCUUCUCUCACCAGAACGUUUCGACGCUGCAGAUUAGUAAAGUGGGCAUGUUCCUAUGUCGCAUGGACAAGUUCGAAACGAGUAGGCUUCGGAUUCUGGACGAUUUCACCCUAGAGGUGUCCGUGGACAGUCGUGCGCAAGAAAAGGGCUCUUCGCUUACCUCCAUCAAUGCUCAUAUAGAACCUUUGGUUUUGCGCCUUUCACUCCGUGACAUUCUGAUGGCAACACAGAUUGUCAACAAGGCUUCUGAGAUGAGGGCUCAAAGGAUGCAACCGGUUGAGACCGGCGAAGUGAAGAGCAUACCUGAGGCGAAGAGCAUCAGGCCCAAAUCUUCGAGGCGGCAAUCUUCCGGCAGACCAACUUCAUCCGCCAUGGUCUCAAGAAAUCGACGUCGAUCGAGUGCGGCAGCAGAUCAGCCGCGAAGAGCCUCAAGCCCUGGACGCUCAGCAAUUCUCAAACGCGAAGAGCUGAAUGCUCAAGUCGACGGGCUCAGAGUCAUUCUUAUUGGCGAUCUCCAUGACCUUCCAUUGCUCGAUUGGAGUGUUAAGAAGUUUAAUGUUGAUGUCCGCGACUGGUCCACAACACUGAAUGCCGAUACGAGCUUUGACACCUUCGUCAACGUGUACAACUUCUCGAAAUCUGCAUGGGAGCCUCUGAUUGAACCAUGGCAGUUGGGAUUCCACGUGGCUAGGGAGAUCAAUCCCGAGAUCUUCUCGAUAGACGCAUAUUCUCAUAAAACGAUGGAGCUCACUCUUACAUCUGCCACCAUUGCUUUGGCAUCGAAGUCAUUCCAGUUCCUUUCCACGGACGAGGAUGUUCUUUCAAAGCCGAGAGGUGCUGAUGCACCCUACCGGAUCCGCAACCAUACUGGUUUCGAUCUACAUGUCUGGGCUGAUAUCGGUGCGGAUGAGGAUGGACCGGCUGCUAGAUUGGCUGACGGUGAGGAGUACCCUUGGCGUUUCGAGGACUCGACUUCCAUGCGUGAGACGCUUGCACCUGAGGGGCAUGCCGGGCUUGUUGGCAUCAAGCUCGAGGGAAGUGGAUUUGAAAGCGUGAACCGGAUCCCGGUUGUUAGGGAAGGUGAAAUCCUCUACAGCCUGAAACCCAAGAAGGAUGGUGUCCUUCAUCGACUCCUAGUGGAGGUCAAGUUAGGCACUGACAAUGUGAAGUAUAUCACCUUCCGCUCGCCGCUGGUUGUCGAAAACAGCACGCAGAUCCCUGUGGAGCUGGGCGUCUUCAAUCCCCAGGAAGGCCAUUUGCUCAAGAUUGAGAAAAUCCUUCCUGGAGAGUCGCGACCUGCACCGGUCGGAGCAGCUUACAUGCAUUCUCUUGUGAUCCGCCCCGAUCAAGGGUUCGGAUACGACUGGUCAAAUGAGCAGCUCCACUGGAAAGACCUACUACGUCGUCCGACUCGGACUAUCAAGUGCCUGAGUGAAGGUGGGCAGCAGUCGCCACCCUUCUAUUUCCAGAUGCACGCUAGCUACAAUGAUCGGGACUCUCUCACGGGCGUCUAUCCUUAUAUGAGGAUCAAGAUCUUCGCGCCUGUCGAGAUUCAGAACCUUCUUCCUUACGAUUUCAAGUAUCGCAUUUACGACAAGAACACAAGAAAGGACUGGACGAAUUUCCUGCGCAAGGGUGGGGUUAGCCCUGUUCAUGUCGUUGAGCUCUCUCACCUAUUGCUACUCAGCGUUGACCUGGAGGAUACGGUGUUCAAGCAAAGUGACUUUGCUAUCAUCAAUGGCAACUCUCAAGACUUCAAGAGGGAGCAUACCCUGUCUCUGAAGGAUGAGCGAGGUAUCCAGCUGAGAUUGAAACUCCACUAUUUCAGAGUUCCCGACAGUGGUGGUGCCUUCAAGGUCUCUGUCUACAGCCCGUACCUCAUCUUGAACAAGACCGGUUUGCCCAUGGAGAUCCAGAGCAAGGCUUUUCUGCAAUCGGCCCGAUCGGCUGCUGGGCAAGGAUUGAGGGCCGAUUCUAGGAAUGGCGGACGUACGCUCCCAUACAUGUAUUCCUACCAUACGGAUGAUCAGAAGAACCGAUCUAUUCUGAGAAUAGGUGACUCCGCGUGGAGUAAGCCCCAGAGUUUUGAGGCCAUUGGAAGCACGUUUGAGGUCAUUCUCCCGGAUCAACAUGGCAAAUCCGAAUUCCAUUCUGGGGUUUCUGUCGCUGAGGGUGAAGGCAAAUACAAGAUGACCAAAGUCGUGACAAUUGCACCCCGGUUUGUUCUGAAGAACAAGCUGAGUGAAGAUAUUUUGGUCCGUGAGCCUGGCUCGUCGAGCGUUCUCAAUCUCAAGAGUGGCGAGCUUGUACCUCUCCAUUUCUUGCGCCAAGUUGCGGAGAAACAGCUCUGCCUGUGCUUCCCGGGCGUUAAUGACCAGUGGUCCUCUCCUUUCAACAUCGCGGACAUUGGAACGGUGCAUGUCAAACUGGCAAAAGCCCAACAGCGUCAGAAACUCAUCAAAGUCGACGUGGUCAUGGAAGGUGCAACGCUCUUCAUCCAUUUCAGCUUUGAGACUCGGAACUGGCCAUUCUCUAUGCGGAAUGAGAGCGACAUGGAAUUCAUCUUCUAUCAAGCUAAUCCGAACGUCGAAGAAGACGAGGAAGACAGAACGAAUGGCUGGCGACCGAUCCGUUACCGACUCCCUCCGCGCAGUAUCAUGCCUUACGCCUGGGACUAUCCGGCAACCAAGAACAAGUCUCUCGUACUGACGUGCAAGGGCAAAGAAAGGCAUAUUAGGCUUGCGGAGAUUGGUAACCUGAUCCCCAUGAGAAUCCCGCCCACUCAAUAUGGUGAGACUCAGAAGAUUAUCGAUAUCAACAUCGUUGCCGACGGCCCAACUCAGACUUUGAUGUUGUCCAACUUCAAGCAGUCUAAGAGUAUGUACAAGCAGAAAGACAGGGGACAGGCAUCCCAGAGCAGUUUGAGCACCGGCUUUGAGGUCAAGGAACUUGAUUCGGAUGUCAACUUCAAGGCCCAACUUCGCCUGGGAGGAAUCGGCAUCUCUCUCAUCAACCAGAACCUCAAGGAAUUGCUGUAUCUGACGUUCCGCGAAAUCGACAUCAAGUUCCGGGAGUCAAGAAUCUACCAGACCUUGAAUACCACCAUCAAAUGGAUCCAGAUCGACAACCAAUUGUAUGGUGGUAUUUUCCCAAUCUUGCUCUACCCUAGUGUGGUCCCCAAGACCGGCAAGGAAAUGGAGGCACACCCGAUCUUCCACACAAUGGUGACUCGUGUGAAGGAUGACUCUUAUGGUGUACUUUAUAUCAAGUAUGCCACGGUUCUCGUGCAGCAGAUGACACUGGAGCUUGACGAGGACUUCAUCUUUGCGAUGUUGGACUUCGUUAAGGUACCCGGUGCUUCGUGGUCGGAAGAACAUGAGGGCAAGCUCUGUGAUGAGGAUUUGAAUAUCCCAGAACCGCAAACGGAAGGCACUGUUUCAGACGUGUACUUCGAGCUCCUCCACCUGCAGCCAAUGCAACUCGAUAUCUCCUUCAUGCGUACUGAGUGCGUGAAUGCGGAGGACACCAUGCAGCCAUCCAAUCCUCUGAUGUUCUUUGUGCAUGUCAUGACUAUGUCGAUGGGCAAUGUGAACGACGCACCAAUCCGACUCAACGCGCUUAUGCUAGAAAAUGCCCGUGUCUCUCUCGGGGUUCUUGUCAGUAAUAUCCAGAGUCACUACACCCAGGAGUUCUUACGACAGGUGCACGUGGUUCUGGGGUCAGCUGAUUUCUUGGGCAAUCCCGUCGGAUUAUUCAACAACGUCAGCUCUGGAGUGGCUGCCAUCUUCUACGAGCCUUACCAGGGUCUUGUUAUGACCGAUCGACCUCAAGAGCUGGGCAUUGGCAUCGCGAAGGGUGCGACCAGCUUUGUGAAGAAGUCUGUCUUUGGUUUCUCUGACAGCAUGGCCAAGCUCACCGGAAGUAUGUCCAAGGGUCUAGCUGCCGCCACCCUAGACAAAGAGUUCCAAGAUCAGCGACGAAUGUCCAAGUCGCGAAACCGACCAAAACACGCUCUGUAUGGUAUUACUGCUGGUGGCAAUGCCUUCGCAACGAGUCUGGCAAGCGGCAUCGGAGGACUCGCACGCCACCCUCUCCAGGGUGCCGAAAAGGAAGGCAUCCAAGGUUUCUUCAAGGGUGUCGGAAAGGGUGUUCUCGGCCUAGCCACGAAACCCGCCAUCGGCGCCUUUGAUCUUGCAUCAAACCUUGCCGAGGGUGUCCGUAACACCACCACCGUUUUCGACGCGGAAGGCCUUGAUCGUGUUCGCCUCACACGCUUCAUUGGCACCGACGGCAUCGUCCGGCCGUACUCGCAACGCGAAGCGCUUGGGCAGUUCUGGCUCAAGACGGCCGAUGACGGCAAGUUCUUCAACGAGGACUACAUCGCGCACCUUGAGCUUCCGGGUCGAGACAUGCUGGUCAUGUUGACCUACGACCGGAUCAUCCUCGUGCGCACGAAGAAGCUCCGCACGGAAUGGGAUAUGCGCCUGAAGGAUAUCCAGACCAUUUCCAAAGAGCGAACUGGAAUGAGCAUCACUCUCAAGGGCGGUGCUAAUGGUCCAUUCAUCCCGGUGCAGGACGAGAGUUCGCGGAACUGGCUCUAUCGGCAAAUUGCUGUUGCUGUGAACGCUUUCAAUGAGAAGUAUAAUGCCCGUGGGUAG